UGACUUCAGCUUGGUCACGUGACUGUGUGACUGUUUCCGUGUCAGUAGAAUGAGCUCAAAUGGAAACCUAAAUGAAAAUAGAAACUUACAGUGACAGACAGUGGUAAGUAAGACCUCAGACUGGCACACACAUACAGAAAGUUUUUGAUUCAUUAUGCACCCAUCCUCCUGUGACACCUUCGUGGCUCUGCCCCCCUCCACUGAGAAACAAUGCAUCAUCUUUGGGAAAAACUCCGACAGGCCUUGUGAUGAAGUCCAGGAGGUGGUGUAUUUUGCUGACAGAGAUUUCGAGGCUGGGGAGAAGGUCGAGUGUACAUACAUAGAGAUUGACCAGGUCGCCCACACUUAUGCAGUUGUGUUGAGCAAACCAGCUUGGCUGUGGGGCGCAGAAAUGGGCUCAAAUGAGCAUCAAGUGUGUAUUGGAAAUGAAGCUGUGUGGGGCAGGGAGAGUGCAGAUGGUGACGAAGCUCUUCUCGGCAUGGAUCUUGUCAGGCUUGGACUUGAGAGAGCCGAUACAGCUGAGAAAGCUGUGGAUGUUAUCACUGAGCUGCUGGAGAAAUAUGGCCAGGGAGGCUCGUGCAUGGAGGAUGAGGGUAGCUUCACCUACCACAACAGCUUCCUGAUCUCUGACAGGAAGGAGGCAUGGCUGCUGGAAACAUCAGGAAAGCACUGGGCAGCAGAGAAGGUGAAAGGUGGAUAUCGCAACAUCUCAAACAAGUAUAGCAUAAAAACUAAGAUCGACAAGGAACAUCCAGAAUUGAGGAAAUAUGCACAGAGCAAGGGCUGGUGGGAUGGAAAGACCCAGUUCAACUUUUCCACAGUCUACUCCUUUACCACUACAGCCAGAAUAGAAGCUGCUGGGAGCCGAUACUGUGAGGGGAAGAAGUUGCUGAAGAAGAGCAACGGUCACAUCACUGCUGAGACGAUGAUGGAUAUCCUGAGAGAUAAAGACAGUGGCAUCAACAUGGAGGGCAUGUUCAUGACAACAGGAAGUAUGGUGUCUGUGAUACCCACGGAUCCUACUCUGCCAGGGGUUCACUACCUAACAGCAACUCCAGACCCUGAAAGGUCCGUGUUCAAACCUUUCAUCUUUGUGAAGAACAUUAAUGCAACUAACGCACUGAAGGAGACUACUUCUCCCAGUUACGGUGCAGAUGACCCUGUCAAGAAGAAACCUCGCUUCCAGAGCAAACCUGACCGCAAACACGAGUUGUUUGUCAAACAUGAACUGGUGGCGGCCAUCAUGGAGUCAUUCAAGGACAGAGGAAAGAAGAUCACAGAAAAUAUGAGGAAGCUGGAGAAGGAAAAGAUGGCAGAGAUGGAGGAGAUUCUUUCACAUGGCAUUGAGGAACCAGACUUUUUGGUGAAUCUGUUCUCAAACUGUGUUCUGGAGGAGAUGACCGUGUACGGCAAGAGCUGAAACCACGAAACAGAACAACAGAGUGACAGUAGCAGCACAUGCCUCUGCAUUUACCCUUUAAUCAGGUAUAAAAAUAAAAUAAAUAGAACAAAACUUGAGAAAUCAACAUUGUUGUACGAAAAGUAAAACAGACUUGGAUACC